UGUUUUCAACAUGGCGUCGUAGUCAUUUUUUUUUCUGUAAGAUCUACAGGAAAAGUUUUUCUUGACGAUAGAGCCAAGAUUCUUUUUAUUUUUAUUGCAAUUAUACAAAUAGAUCUAAUUACUGAUAGACUUUAGAUCUUGAACUAUCCUCUGCGUUGUGGUUGUUUAUUUCAAUCUAGUAUAGACGUCUAGAUCUAUCUUAUUUUGAAAAAUGGCUGAACAAGAGUCGUCAAAAAGCUUGCACACUAACCAAAAUCGCGAACAAUCUUCUAAGCUGGAAAAUAUAUCUGACGUCGGAGGCAAGAAUAAAACCAAAAUAUACUGUCAACGAUGCCCCAGUCUUGUACUGUCUCCUCGUCAAGCUACACUUGUUCAAAAAGAGUUUUUUCUUCCAAAUAUGUACCAAAAGAAUGAAUGUACACCUAUAGAAGGUGUGACUUUAGUUGAUUUUUGGCAUGUAUCGGAUAUGCUCACUUUUGAUAAUGUUGGAUUUUCUAAAACAGUUGAUAACAUUAAAUAUUUAAUGUGCGCUGAUUGUGAGGUUGGCCCCAUCGGGUGGCAUUCUGUCCAUGACAAGAAAUCUUACUACGUAGCUGUGGACCGGGUCAAGCAUGGAUGACAACAGACCACCUGCAUUAGAAACUCCAAGCCAAUCACUGUCCAGUUUUAAAAGUCACCUGAUCAAUUAAGUUUUUUUAAAAACACUAUUUGUUGAUAUUCUUGUCCUUUUGUUGUAUGUAUUGAAGAGCUAUACAUAAAACCUGAAACUGAAUUGUACAUACCCAACUCAAUGUUGUUUUAUUCAUGUUGAUGUGAUAUAAUUUGACUUGUUUACCAUAAAAAAAACAUCAAAUCUUAAUUAUAAUUCUCGUUGUUUUGACUUUUUAAACUAUAAUAUAGCAACAUAGCUCAACAUUUUUUGGUACUGGUUUUAUAUUUACAUAUAUAUAUAUAUGUACAUAUUUUUCUUUUUUUUAAAGAAUAAUCAUUGUGAACUUUGCCUGACAAUUCCAGUUACUUUGUAAAGUUGGUAACAAUUUAAAAAAUAUAACUUUGUAGGUUGUUUGGUGGUGUUCUAAAUGAAACAGGCUGUUAAAUGUUUUUUUUUUAAUGUCUAAAAAUGGUAAAACAAUGCUGUUUUAAAAAAAAUCCCCUAAAGUGAUUUUCAUUGUGAGCCAAUAAGUGAAUGUGUUUAGGUCUGAAGAUGAAGCAUGCAGUAUUUACAUCGGGCGCAAAGCCUAAUUCAGUUCUCUUUUUCAACAUCUCUGCCUGUGAGCUUAUAACUAGAAAAAAUUCAGUUCUCUUUUUCAACAUCUCUGUCUGUGAGCUUAUAACUAGAAAAAAUUCAGUUCUCUUUUUUAACAUCUCUGUCUGUGAGCUUAUAACUAGAAAAAAUUCAGUUCUCUUUUUCAACAUCUCUGCCUGUGAGCUUAUAACUAGCAAAAAAUUCAGUUCUCUUUUUUAACAUCUCUGCCUGUGAGCUUAUAACUAGAAAAAAAUUAAGAUUCAUAAAUUGGCACAGAAUCCAUUAAGUUAAGGCUUUUAGGAAAGAAAUUAAUUUUAGUUAGUGAAAGGGGAAGUAACUGGUUUUGUGAAAUGCAAGUGCAACAGUAUUGUUUUUAAAGUUGUAGGCUCAAUACAAGUUUUAUGUACUGUACCUUUUUUGUUUUCUAAUUGAAAUACUCUCUAACAUUUUCCUCACAUACUGUGUCUAAAGUCAAAGGAAUCAGUAGUGAAUAUCAAAUUUGAUAAAAACAUUUUGUUUUGUUCCCUCAUUAUUUCCCGUUUCUGUUUUGUUGCCUGAAGACCAAACCACAAAGCAGUAACACAAACACAUUUUAAAGUCAUUUGUUGGUUAGUGUUUAAUUAAUAAUGGCAAUGUCUUCAAUUUCGAAGAUCAAGGACGAGUGCAGGAUUUCCCGGGACUACAUAAACUCAGUUGCGUUCUUCAUGUUUCCACAUCAAUGCUUUAUUAUGUGACAUUAUAAAAGCUUAACACUUUACUUGAGUGAUCUGAGACCAAAUAUUUCAUAAAAGUUGAGGACAUUAAAAUAAACCUACUUUUCUUGAGGUUUCUAUAAGCUUAGUUGCCACUCUUUUUUUUUUU